AUGGUCUACACGCUUAUCUGCCACGUCGAGGUCAAGCCAGGGUUCGAGCAGAACAUGGCCGACUUUCUGCGCAAGGCGGCGGAAAUCUACAAAAAGACGCCAGAGACCAUCGACUGGCUCGUGCACCAGUCCGAGUCGGACGACAAGAAGUUUGCCAUCGUCGAGCGCUUCGAGACCGAGGCGUCGCAGGAGUACCACCUCGCCGAACCCUUCUGGGCCACUUUUAACCCCACCGUCGAGCCCUGGCUGGCCAAGCCCAUCGAGAUCCUCCGCUUCAACGAGCUCUGA